AUGUUCAAGAUUACUUCCGCCGUACUACUCGGCUUGGCCGGUAGUGCCAAUGCCUUCUGGCGCAUGGAGUGCCCUGGCCGUCUCGAUGUCGCCCGUAUUGACCCCAUCGUCAACCCCAACGACGUCUCUGCCCACGCUCACUCCCUCCAUGGCUCGUCUGGCCUCUCCUCGUCUGCCGAUGGUUCUGCCCUGAAGGGUGGUGACUGCACUUCGUGCCGUGUCACUCAGGACAAGUCCGCCUACUGGUCUCCCGCUCUCUACUUCGAAGACAAGGAUACUGGCAAGUUUGAGCUCGUCGACCAGGUCGGUGGCAUGCUCGCCUACUACCUUCUCUACGGAGACAACAUCAAGGCCUUCCCCGACAACUUCCAGAUGAUCGCCGGCUCCAACACCCGCCGCUCCUACAGCGCUGGUAACCCCGAGUCCCCCGACCCCGACAAGUCUCUCUGGCAGUCCAUGGGCCAGACGAAGCAGAGCAUCCUUGAGCAGCGCGCCCUUGGCUUCAACUGCCUCAACUACGACAAGCAGCCCGAGGGAACCCUCUACCGUCACUACAUGCCCGACAAGGCCUACCUUGACGCCAACUGCAAGGACGGUAUUCGUCUGGAAAUCAUGUUCCCCUCUUGCUGGAACGGCAAGGAUGCCGACUCCAGCGACCACAAGUCCCACAUGGCCUACCCUGACCUCGUCAUGACUGGUACCUGCCCUGAGGGUUACGAGACCCGCGUCCCCUCCCUCAUGUUUGAGACUAUCUGGGCUGUUGGCAACUAUAAGAACCGCAACGGUCGCUUCGUCUUCUCCAACGGUGACACCGAGGGUUUCGCUUACCACGCUGAUUUCAUGAUGGGCUGGGACAAGGAUUUCCUCCAGCAGGCUGUUGACACUUGCACCAACCCCUCCGGCCGCAUUGAGGACUGCCCUCUCUUCAACGUUGUUGACCAAGGUACCGCCACCUCUUGCAAGCUCGAGAAGUCUCUGCCCCAGCAGCUGUCUACCGAGAUCAAGAACAUUCUCGGCCCCAUGGCCAACCUUCCUGGUGACCUCUCCGUCUUUGGCGACGGUGGCGAUCCCUCCAAGCCUGAGACUGGCGGCGACUCUCCCUCUACCGCCGGCACCGCUACCUCCAAGCCUACCCUGAGCUACACUCCCGGUGCCAAAGCCUCCAACUCUGCCUCACCCCUCCCUGGCCAGGUCUUCAAGCAGGUUGACUCUGAGUCCGAGUCUUCCGAGUCUACCCCGACUCCUACUCCCACCACUACCACCGCCACUCCAUCUGCUCCCGUUGCUGUUGCCGCUGCCGUCACUGAGGCUCCUACCACCACUCCCGAGCCCAGCUACUACAGCACCCAAUUCGUCACCAACGGCAACACCGUCAGCAAGAUCUUGUGGGAGGAGGAGCUUGUCAUCGUCACGGAGACUCUUGAGCCUACCGCCACCAAGACCGUCGACGCUGCUAAGCGCCGUCGUUCUCACCUCCACGGCCAUGCCCGCAGGAGCUAA